UGAAUCCAAUCGAGAUGAGUAGAUAGUAGUGAUUGAACCAUAAAUAAUUUUUCUUAACAAAAAACAAAAUGGAGCAAUCUAGGCGAUGGCAACCGAUAGACACGUGAUAGUGUCCCGUCGUCCGUCGACGUUCACCAUAGACUAACGGACAACGAAAUUUGGACCGUUGAAGCCUCCUCCUCGUUGCGGCGCCGUUCACCGGAACCAUAUCAUAUGCACCUCUCCUCUUCCCCUCAUCUCCCACCUGUCACCAGAACCAUAUGUUACGUGAUUCGAAGAUUAAUGCAAAAUUCUCGAAUCAGUAACCAUGAUGGUGCUGGCGCUAACUUCCUUUGCACCCGCGGCCAAACCCUUUCGAUUUCGACCCCGCUCGUUCUGGCGCCGGAGGCUCAAAAUCAAUAACUCUCUGCCACUGCCUUCACCCGCUCCCUUCCAGAAUCUCUUCCACAGCUUAAUAACGCACUUCCCUUCCGUGAAUUCGCUCAAUUUGAUUACUCCCGCUCUCGGCUUCGCUUCCGGCGUCGCUCUCUCCUCCUCCUCGCGCUCCAAUAACUAUUCCUCCGUCUCCGACAUCGGCGAGUGGCUCCUGUUCGCGAGUCCGACGCCGUUUAACCGCUUCGUGCUACUGCGGUGCCCUUCGAUAUCGUUGGAGGGGGUAGAGGACCCGAGUGCGAGGCUGGUUAGGGAGGAGAGGCACUACGUGAGAGGAGGGAGGAUUCAGGUUCGGAGGGGGAGGGAGAGGGAGAGGGAAUUGGAGGAGCUCGGUUAUCAGAGGGUGUGUGUGAGUGCUGCUGAUGGAGGCGUUGUUUCUUUGGAUUGGCCUGAUAACUUGCACUUGGAAGAGGAGCGUGGAUUGGACACUACUCUCUUGCUCGUUCCCGGCACGCCGCAGGGGAGCAUGAACGCCAAUGUGAGGUUGUUUGUGGUGGAAGCUCUCAAUAGGGGGUUCUUCCCUGUUGUCAUGAACCCCAGAGGAUGCGCUGCUUCGCCUCUCACCACUCCCCGGUUAUUUACAGCUGCUGACAGCGAUGAUAUCUGCACAGCUAUAACGUAUAUCAACAAUGCAAGACCAUGGACAACCUUGAUGGGUGUUGGCUGGGGAUAUGGUGCAAAUAUGCUGACAAAAUACCUUGCAGAGGUUGGGGAAAGAACGCCAUUGACAGCUGUCACAUGUAUAGACAAUCCUUUCGAUUUAGAUGAAGCUACAAGGUCCUCUCCUUAUCACAUUGUUACUGAUCAGAAACUCACUGAUGGACUGAUAGAUAUUCUACAAACCAAUAAGGCACUAUUCCAAGGCAAAACCAAAGGUUUUGAUGUGGAAAAAGCCCUGAUGGCAAAGUCUGUACGUGAUUUUGAAGAAGCAAUAUCUAUGGUAUCUUAUGGGUUUGGGGCUAUAGAAGAUUUUUAUUCAAAAUCCAGCACAAGAAAUAUGAUUAGGGAUGUUAAAAUUCCGGUUCUCUUUAUACAGAGUGAUAAUGGGAUGGUUCCCGUAUUCUCAGUUCCACGCAACCUGAUUGCAGAAAAUCCGUUCACAAGUCUUCUUCUAUGUUCUUGUUUGCCUUCAAGUGGUACUGAUACUGACAUGUCUGCUUUAUCAUGGUGUCAGCUUCUAACAAUUGAGUGGCUCAUGGCAGUGGAGCUGGGACUCUUGAAGGGCCGUCAUCCUCUUCUGACAGAUAUAGAUGUUACCGUAAAUCCUUCUAAAGGAUCAGUUGUUGUAGAAGAAGUAAGGUCAAAUAAGGAUGCUAAAGUUGGCACACUGUUGGAUCUUACUCGGUCGGGUGCAUUUAAUGGGUACUCAGUUGAUCCCACUGAAGAUUUGCUUGGAGAAAAUCAGAAUGACACUGGCCUCCUAUUUAGUUCCCAACAAGGUCUAAAACAGAACUUUGAGCAGGAUGAUAUGAGCUUACAGGUAAAAGAUGGUCCAUUACAGAAGACUAGAUCCAGUGAUGAAGAUUUAAUUGAAGAGAGGAAUGUUGUCUCGGUUGAUAGUGAACUUGGUCAAGUUCUACAAACAGCACAAGUGGUAAUAAAUAUGCUAGAUGUUACCAUGCCGGGUACUCUAACAGAAGAGAGGAAGAAAAAGGUGUUAACUGCUGUGGGUCAAGGAGAGACACUCAUCAAAGCUUUAGAGGAUGCUGUUCCAGAAGAUGUCCGUGGAAAGUUAACAGAUGCAGUGACUGGAAUUUUGCAUGCAAGGGGCUCUAAGUUGAAGAUAGAUAGGAUUCUUAAUAUUUCUCAGGCUCCUGAAUCCUUAUCAGGGCAAAAGAACCAAGAAAAAUUCAGAGUAUCUAGUGCAGAAGUUAUGGUUGAAGAACAGCCCUCUGUGAAUCAGAUGAAAAAGACUAGUAGUCCUAUAGAUGGCUCUGAUAAUGCUCCAGAUAGCAUUGACAAACUUGCUGAAGAAACAGAAACAGAAGUUAUUCCCAUAGAGAAAUCACCAAAUUCUACAAAUUUAGCCCAGUCUCAAGAAUCAAAUGAUGAAGUUGGUUCUUCUGGUUCUUUAAGGAAGGAAACUGACGAAUCUAAUGAUAAUAAUGACACAAAUGAGGAAUCAAAGGGAAAAGCUGUUCCUGAUGUUGGUCAUAGCAAGAACGGAUUGGAAACAGGUUCUAAACCAUACUCUCCUGGCCAUCCUGAUGGAGCAGGUGGCUUUGAAUCAGCAGCUGUGGGUGAGCAGAAAAGCCAAAACAGUGGAAUAGCUCAAACAGACCCAAAGGAGGAAAACACUAUCCUGAAGGAUGAACAGAAAAGUCAGGAUUUUUCUGGCGAUCAUAGUAAAAAUACUUCAACUGAUGCAAAAGAAGGACCCUCUUCACCUUCUAUGUCCUCUGAGCACCAAACAAUAGAAAGGGAAGGUAAUGAUAAUGAGAAAAAAGAUAAUAAGAAUACGCAUCAUGUUUCACACCAGACCAACUCUAAUAAUUUAGCUUCUAGUGCCCCUGCCUUCAGUGUUUCUCAAGCAUUGGAUGCCUUGGCAGGGAUGGAUGAUUCCACCCAAGUGGCUGUUAAUAGUGUUUUUGGUGUGAUAGAAAAUAUGAUAUCUCAGCUUGAACAGAGCUCAGAGAAUGAAGACUUCAAGGAUGGAAAAGAUGUUGAACAGAAGAUAGAAGAAAAACAAAAAACUAAUUGCCAAAGAAAGGAUUCCAACACAUCUGCUGAUCCUUCAGUAGAUGAUCACCAUAAUGAUAUGUACUUGAAUAAUGGUUCUUGUCAUACAGAGGAACAAGCAGCUCAAAGUCUUGGUGAAAUUAAUGGGAAUGGUAUAUUCAAUGCUAAAAGUUGUAACUCUAAUGAUCACCUAGUUCAGAAGGAAAAUAGUACAAAUACUCAACUGAUUGACAAAAGAUUUCUCAUUGGUAAAUGGGAUGGACACAGACACAUGGAUAGGGUGCCAGAGUUCAUAGCUGGUGGUUCAUACGGGACCCCUCCUUACAAUGAAAAUUUCCAUAAAUAUCUUGUUUCAAAGAUUCCUAUCAAACCACUUGAUUUAGAUACAACAACUGCAUUAUUGCUUGACUAUUUCCCAGAAGAAGGUCAAUGGAAACUUUUUGAACAACCACAAAACAUGGAAAUUGCUUCUUCUCAUACUGAAACUAGUGAAGAGGCUGGGCCCAAGGUGAAGGCUCCCUCAUCUGCAAAAUCUUCUAAUGCAGAGCAAUAUAUUGAACCACUAUAUGUAAUAUUGGAUACUGAAAAGCAACAAGAACCUGUCAAAGAGUUCAUUACAACAGACACAGAAAACAGAAUGACUGACAUAAGUGAUGACAGGUCAGAUGAAUUGAUGCAAUUUGUGAAACACAGAGUGUUACAUUCUUUGAAGAUGGAAGUUGGUCGCAAGCUGAAUGCUGCUGAAAUGAUAGAAAUGAAGUCAAAGCUUGCUGAAGAUAUGGAACACGUGGCAAAUGCAAUUUCACAAGCUGUUGUACAUAGCAAGGUGCAACAACUAUAUACUGAAAGUCAAGGUCAUAAUGUUGAGGGUGCUAUAGAAAAGGUAGGUACUCUUGAAGGGGAGCAUGUCAUUAGUGUAAUUUCUUCAUCUAUUCAGCAAACAGACUGCCUUAGAAAAGUGGUUCCUGUUGGUGUUAUUGUUGGGUCCAUCUUAGCUUCCUUGAGGAAAUAUUUUAAUGUCACUACACUUCAAGAUGAUCACAGAAGAUCUCUGAUCCAUGAUGAUGAGGAAAAACCUAGUACAAAGAAUUAUGGCAAUGAAGGUGUAACGGAUAUAGAUCAAGUACCUGACGAGAAAACUAGUUUGGACCAUCCUAUUCAGACAGAGACAGUAGAAAGUGCAUCAAAAGAUACUGGCAAAAAUAAUGUCAUGGUUGGCACUGUUACAGCUGCUCUUGGGGCUUCUGCUUUAUUCAUGCAACAGAAGGAUCCCCAACAAGAAAAUGAAACUGCUGAAAGCUCAUCCACAUCUUUGAAAAUGAAAAAUCGCCAUAAAAAAGAGCCAGAACGGCUUCAGGAGGAGGCCUCUGAGAAGAACCAGAAUAACAUAGUCACAAGCCUUGCUGAAAAAGCCAUGUCAGUUGCUGGUCCAGUUGUACCUACUAAAGAUGGUGAAGUGGAUCAAGAAAGACUGGUUGCAAUGCUAGCUGAUUUAGGACAUAGAGGUGGCUUGUUGAGACUAGUUGGAAAGAUUGCUUUGCUAUGGGGUGGUAUACGUGGUGCAAUAAGUUUGACGGGCAGGCUUAUCUCAUUCUUACGUAUUUCUGGACGCCCUUUGUUUCAGAGGAUUUUUGGGUUUGCUGGCAUGACCCUUGUUCUAUGGUCUCCUGUUGCUAUUCCAUUGCUUCCAACAAUUGUUCAGAGCUGGACAACAAAAACUUCUUCCAAAAUAGCUGAGUUCGCUUGCAUUGUUGGCCUGUACACUGCAAUAGUGAUACUUGUUAUGUUAUGGGGGGAAAGAAUCCGUGGAUAUGAAAAUGCAUUUCGACAGUAUGGGCUGGACUUGACAUCACCACAAAAGCUAUUUGAGUUCUUGAAAGGCUUGGUUGGUGGGGUCAUCUUCAUUUUUUCAAUCCAUGCUGUGAAUGCAUUACUUGGUUGUGCAAGUUUCUCUUGGCCUCAUAUUCCAACUUCUUUAGAUGCCAUAACUUGGCUAAAAGUGUAUGGACAUAUGGGUCUGGUAGUUGUUCAAGGAACUGUGAUGGCAAGUGCUAUUGCAGUGGUGGAAGAAUUGCUUUUUAGGUCAUGGUUGCCCCAGGAAAUUGAAGUUGAUCUUGGAUAUCAUCAGGGAAUUAUCAUUUCAGGGCUGGCAUUUUCUUUCUUGCAGAGGUCUCUGCAAGCAAUACCAGGACUUUGGCUUUUGUCUAUGUCUUUGUCAGGUGCCCGACAGAGAAAUGGAGGUAGCCUCUUCAUCCCUAUUGGGCUACGCACAGGAAUGAUGGCAUCCACUUUUAUGUUGCAAAAGGGUGGCUUUCUAACAUAUCAAAAUAAGGGCAACCUUCCUCUCUGGAUAAUCGGGAAUCAUCCUUUUCAACCAUUUAGUGGUUUAGUUGGUUUGGUAUUUUCUUUGUCAUUGGCAAUACUUCUCUACCCCAGACAGACUUUACAAAGAAAGGAAGCUCAGGAAUAAGUAGAAAAUUUGUUAGUAAUAUCAUUACAGUUAUGAAUUUGGCGAUGCCGUUGUGUUGAUAUGCCAAAACUAGAGUUAGCCAGUCGGGCAUUUUGAUUCUAUUAAUACACUGUACAAGUUUCUCUUGUACUGUUAAUUGGGGAGUAAAGAAUGAGAAGACAGUAAUCGAGGGGCAUAAACGAAAGGUGAAACUUAGGAACAUUAAAGGCUUCAAUUCUGAGUAUCUUGUAAAUUUCUCAUUUGGAACCUAGAGGCAGGCAUCAGUUAUGAUGUGAAUUUUAGAUUUAUAGACUAUAGGUACGGUGUACAAGGUUGAUUUUGAAAGUAGAAAGUUACAAGUUUGUAAAGAGAUUUUUGUAUUUUAUUUUUGUACUUUCUCCGUCGAUCGAAGUGGACAGUAGGGUUACUGUAAGUUUUGCUUGUUGUAUCACUAUUUAGCAAAACAGAAUAUGAUCAUUAUGAUGUAGAAGAGCUAGGAUAUAGGAUCAAGUAGGUAUCAGUUUUGUUUUGCUCCUCUUUUCUCUCUUAAAUUUACCCUUUUCAGAGGCAUAUAUAUUUAUAUUGUAAUACUAAAAAUGUCUACAAUGAUUCAUGCUUACUUUUAUGACAUCAAUUCUUUCUUUUGAUUUAAA